GUUACUGUGUGUGUGUGCGCGUGUGUGUGUCGUAUGUGAGAAAGUGACGAAUUAGUUUUCAUCAAAUGGAAAAUAAUUUAGUUUGAAAGCACGUAUAAAUUUCGAAAGGAGAGCAACCAACAAAAAAAUAAAAAAAACUCUUGCAAACAAUAUAUUAUUUAAAGACAAGACAACAAACUAGCGAUAGAAAAACAAACAAUCAAAAUGGCCGAAGGCGGUAGUAAACGCAUCAACGUGGUGGUUAAAACGCCAAAGGACAAGAAAACUGUUGAAGUCGAUGAAGAUUCUGGAAUAAAAGAUUUCAAAAUUCUGGUGGCACAAAAAUUCGAAGCGGAACCGGAACAACUAGUGCUGAUCUUUGCGGGCAAAAUCAUGAAAGACACCGAUACACUCAAGAUGCACAACAUCAAGGACAAUCUAACGGUGCAUCUGGUGAUCAAGGCGCCCACGCGCACCAACGAGGCGCCCGCUCGCGCCCCCGCCGACGUACGGCAAACGCCGUUUGGCCUCAAUCAAUUUGGCGGACUCGCUGGGAUGGAAGCACUCGGUGCCGGAUCGAAUACGUUUAUGGAUUUGCAGGCUCGGAUGCAGAAUGAGCUGUUAAACAAUGGGGAUAUGUUGCGUUCGCUGAUGGACAAUCCGCUGGUGCAACAGAUGAUGAACAAUCCGGAUACGAUGCGUCAGCUGAUCACAUCGAAUCCACAAAUGCAGGAUUUGAUGCAACGCAAUCCCGAGAUAUCGCAUAUGCUCAACAAUCCAGAUUUGUUGCGCCAGACCAUGGAGUUGGCCCGCAAUCCAUCCAUGUUGCAGGAGCUAAUGCGUUCCCAUGAUCGCGCCAUGUCCAAUUUGGAAUCUGUGCCCGGCGGUUACAGUGCGCUGCAGCGCAUCUAUCGUGAUAUACAGGAGCCCAUGAUGAAUGCGGCCACCGAGUCAUUUGGUCGCAAUCCCUUUGCCGGGCUCGUCGAGGGCGGCGGUGGCAACUCGGUCGCCAAUCCACAGCAGGGCACCGAGAAUCGCAAUCCAUUGCCCAAUCCCUGGGGUGGCAGUGGCAAUCGAUCCGGCGGCGGCAAUGGCAGCCAAUCGGCUGGUGGCGGCGUUGGAGGCACUGCUGGCAAUCGGGGCGGCGAUCAGCCACCGAAUAAUGUACUCAACACACCGGCAAUGCGCAGCUUGCUGCAACAGAUGGCCGAUAAUCCGGCCCUGAUGCAGAACCUCUUGAAUGCCCCGUAUACGCGCUCGAUGAUGGAGUCGAUGUCACAGGAUCCCGAUAUGGCAUCGCGUCUCUUGAGCAGCAGUCCGCUGCUCUCGAACAAUCCACAGCUGCAGGAUCAGGUGCGACAGAUGAUGCCACAGUUUAUGGCCCAAAUGCAGAAUCCCGAUGUGAUGAACAUGCUCACAAAUCCCGAGGCCAUCAAUGCCAUUCUACAGAUCCAGCAGGGCAUGGAACAGUUGCGCAGCGCCGCUCCCAAUUUAGUGGGCACCCUUGGCAUUCCGCCGCCGCCGCCUGGCAUCAAUACACCCGGCUCCGGUUCGGCCACAGAUCCGGCGAGCGGCGAUGGCAGCAUCAACAACACCUCGCCAAACAGUGCAACUGGUGCCCCGAAUGCUGCCAACUCGACAGGCACUUCGCCAGCUGCCGCCCUGGCGCCUGGAGGCGGUCCCAAUGCGCAGCUCUUCAACGAUUUCAUGAUGCGCAUGCUCAACGGCAUGUCUAACAAUGCGGACUCAACGCAGCCGCCUGAGGUGCGCUAUCAGUCGCAGCUGGAGCAACUGGCGGCCAUGGGAUUCGCCAAUCGUGAGGCCAAUUUGCAGGCGCUGAUUGCCACUUUUGGGGACAUCAAUGCCGCUGUGGAGCGCCUCUUGUCGCUGAAUCAGUUGUCCCUGAGUUAACACUGUUAAGGCGCCACGCCUCCUCGCCUACACGCCAAAUCACGCAAAUAAUGUUUAUGAUGUAUACAACACCUGUCUGCUGUUCACCUACCUGAUGCCGUUUCCCCUCCCCUCCACCCACCACACACACCUAUGAUGCAUGUAGACAUUUGUCAGUGCUGCCCUAUUUUCAUAUAGAAAAAAACCAAAAACAAACUAAAAAAAAAAUACCGCAUUUUAAGCAAACGCGAAGAGAACGGGCCAAAAGGAAAUGCAAAAGAGUCCUCAACACACACACACACAUAUACAUAAACAGACCAUACAUUACUUCAAAAUUCCUGAAUGAAAAGACGUGGAAGCCAAAGUUCAGCAGGUGGCUAGUAAAUUUAUCGAUAUGUUAACCACGACAACAACAAGAACAUCAACAGCAGCAGCGGCAACAAAUAAUAUUUUAAUGUAAAAUUAAAUUGGGAUAUUCUCUUAUAUAUUCAUGUAUAUGAGUGGUCGGCACUUGGUUAACUUCAUCCAUAUAUUUCUCACUAACACAAAUGCAAUACUGAUAUGAGAAUGUAUUGGGGCUGACCACUGAUGAUACAUAUAUGUAUAAAUACAUAUGUACAACGCAGCUGGCAAGACGGGAUACGAAAGUGAAAGAGAGAGAGUGAAAGAUACGCACACACACGUAUAUACAUACAACUUCGAGAUCAAUAUUAAAUUUGCAAAGUGCAUAGCUUUCCUCUUACGAUAGCAACUUAUUACUAUUGAUAUGUUAUGUACAUUAUUCUUAAUAUUAGUUUCCUUUUUUUUUGUUAAUGCUUAUUUUUUUUGUUAAUACUAUAAACACACUGAUCUUGACUAAUGUAAGCAUGAUGUUUGUGUGUGUGCGUAAGUAUAUGUAUUAUAUAUGUAUACAACAAAUAUAUCGAUAACAACCUGAGGAGGCUGAACACAAACAGUUGAAAAUAUUUUUCAUACCCGCUAUUCCCAUUGGGUAAUCUAAUAUUGAGGCAGGAAAUGUAUGUAACCAUGUCCGUCUGUCCGUAUAAGCAAUUGGAUCUCUUUUAAUAAACAAAUUAACAUAAAACCACUUAUCGCUGUAGCAAUUUGGUAUAUUUUGAAUCUUGUAGUAUAUUAAUGUGGAAUAUUUGAACAAUUGAAAAUGGGUAGCGGGUAUCUCACAGUCGAGCACACUCGACUGUAGCUUACUUGUUGCGAUUGACGCGUGAUCGAAGAAAACGAGGGGCAAACAAUGGUCGGGGGGGGAAUGCGAUGGACGGGGGAUGGAUGCAUUGGAUGCUAAUAUUACAAAAAUUGAGCUUUUUAUUUUUUUGCAUAUAUGUAUAUAUCUAUAUGCAUAUAUACAUAACUAUAUAUCAAAUAUUCCAUGGUGUUACAAAAGAAAAGAAAAAAAAUCAAAGAAAAAACAAAAAGACGUAACUAUUUGAAAUUCCUUAGUACCAAAAAAAAACAACAAAAAGAAAACAAAAAAAUAAGAAAGAAGCAAACAAAACAAACAAAAAAAAUAAGUAAAUCCUUUUAUGUGUUAAAAAAAAA